UGUAAGGCACUCUGCACGCGAUCAAGAAAGCCUGGAAGGAUCGCUAGGCGCUCCUCGCGCUUCUGUUAUCGAUGAGAAGCCAUAUCCGGGGCAAGGAUCCAAGCAGCGACUGAUGUAUCUUAUUGGUGUAUGCUUAUCUUACCUGGCCGUCUGCCUGAUAACGAUACAUUAUACCUCAUGGGGGUGUUUUCCAUUUCGCUGGCGCCAGAUUGCCCAGCUUGAGUGGACAAGACCUUCACGAUAUUUCAAGCGACCUGGAGACGAUGUCGUCCUCGCUCUUGACGGGUUCUAUUUGAUGUCUGGUUUUCCGUCUCACUGGCAGAUGUAAUCAUUCACGUUAGUAAGGCAGGCAGUUUGUCAUCCAACUCCGCUUGGAGUAGCUAAGGGUACCCACACCUAAUCGCAGACAGACAUGGAGUCUACCCCGGACAUGUACCCAGACCGGCCGUGUCUUGCACAUUCACGAGAAUUGCAAGUCUCG